AUGAAGAAGAGGCAAAUAGUAGUGAGGAAAGAGGGAUCUCGAAGAUGCUCGAGUGGCUCAGCGGUGAGGACUGUGAGGUAUGCAGAGUGCCAGAAGAACCAUGCAGCAAGCUUGGGAGGAUAUGCUGUGGAUGGAUGCAGGGAGUUCAUGGCAAGUGGUGAAGAGGGAACCAGUGGGGCGCUAACGUGUGCUGCUUGUGGCUGCCACAGGAACUUCCAUAGGAAAGAAGUGGAAAGUAGUGCUGCUGAGGCUGUUUCUGAGUCUUCUUCGUGA